CAAUAAUACGAGAUCACCUGAAUAGUUUUAGUGACCACGGAUCUAUAGACGGAAUUGAAUGGUAGUUUUUGUCUCGAAGCCAAAAGAUCAUUUGGGUAAUAGGCUAUCCAGGGUCAAGGGCAUGGGUUUUUCCGGAAAAUUUUGAAUUUGGGAAAUUGAGAUGGCUAUUUCCUGCGUUCUCAGCGGGAAAUUAUGCUUUCGUUUUGUUUUAAAUCUCAGCAGAAAUAUUCCUAUAGUUAGAGAACAUUGCAAUAUAACUACACAUUUGGGGUUUGCCAUUUAAUCGACAUGUCAUUUUCCCCCAAAAUUCGAAAGCUAUAAAUUGUAGAAUUCGUUCAAUUUGGAGAAGAGGCCAUUGGAUGACCCCUGCAACGCCCUGGCUUACGUAUAAACAUCAUUCAUCGCUUUAAUGACAUAUUGUAAAGAUAAAUACCACUCUACUGCCCGUGGUCAGAUCACGAACAAUUGAAUAGUGUAUUGUUGUCAGUCAGACUUAAAAGUACUGGUCGCUUCACAAUGGCUAGAUACGUACUCUACAUAUACGUCGCUAUAUGGCUGUCUUCGCUCGUUUAUGUGAUACAGGGAGAUAUAAAUGCCGGACAUAUAUCUCAAUUCCAUUUUAGCUCAGAGAGACUUGGUUGUGAGAGUGUUUCCAGCCAAUAUGUUUGCCCAGCUACCACACUCAGCCCCGACCUUGCGCUUGAUUACGAAACGGACGCAGAUUUGUUGAAUCUUACACUAGAGGAUAUUAAAGCGAACAACGCCAGUCAAGAAUGUAUUUCAGCCAUAACCACGACGUACUGUUCAAGUUUUACACCUCGUUGUUUUGUGAACGGGAGCAGAGAUUAUGGCGACGCACGAAAGGCGUGCUGGAAAGCGAAUAGAACAUGUCCUGUGGACAGUAUUGAAGAAGGGUUGUGCGAGUCCCUUAAAGUAGGCCUACAGCCACUCAGCGCUUGUGUGAAACCUUCCAAACCGAUCAAUGGAAGUUGUCCGCAACCGAAAUUCAAGGUAGGGGGCGAUUAAAAUG